UUGGUGCCGCUGUUGAGGGGUCCUGACGACGGUGCGGCCGGACGUGCGCGGGAAUGCGCGUGCUCACGCUCAUGGCGUGGCGUCCUCGGUUUCCAUGAAAGCCCGAAUGGCUGCGAGCAUAUGGACGGCGGGCCUGGCGACAAGUUUAUUGCAGAGACCAUGACUUUGCAUGAUAGUGCCACUGAUUCUCCGUGUUGUUGACACUGACUUCACCGGAAAAUGCUCCAAGUAUCAAGCUACAGCCUUGUGCUGUCAGUACAAUUCAUUAUACUGAUCUUCGACCUGUUGGCCAAUUCCUUCGCUGAACUGUUACUAAUCGAAACAGUUGUUCCUCUAAUAAUAUUCAUCAUACAAGACAUCGGAAUCCUCUUCAAUAUCAUCAUUAUCUUCCUGAUGUUUUUCAACACAUUUGUCUUUCAAGCAGGGCUGGUCAAGUUGUUGAUUCACAGGUUUACGGGAACCAUUAUUAUCUCUGGAAUUUACUUUUUUCUGAGUGUCAGCUUUCAUGUUUGGAUUCAGAAUCUGCGAUGGCGGUAUCGGCACAAGUUUGUGUGGACAAAUGGGCUUCAAGUACUUUUUGUCUUCCAACGGUUUGUUGCUAUGUUAUACUAUUAUUCCUACAAAAGAACCACUCUUUGCCUUGGAGACCCACGAUUAUACGAAGACUCGGAAUGGCUCCGAAAUGAAUUUUUCCGUGUUCGAAAAUGAGUUGGCAGAGUAUUGCAAUACUCCAAAUUAAAAAUUGAGUAUUUGACAUGUUCAAGAUUUGGACUAAAUAUAGAGCAUAUUUAACUUUCAGUAUCCUACCCAUAUUUGAAGAAAAUAAAAUAUUGUUUUAAGACAGUUGUAUGCAAUUAAGAGAGCUUAAUCCUCUAAGCACUUCACUGCUAAAUCAUGCGUUUGCCAUUAAUUAUAUUUUUCUCUGUACAAUCAUUAUUUUUAUUGAACUCUCACUAAUCAAGAUGUUUUGCUAGUUUUCCCCCACUUCAUACCUUCCUCUUGGUGGCACAUACUUUUGGUGUGGAACAGUUCUGUGGCACUGCUAAUUCUUUCAGGUGCAAAUUUGUUCCAGGUCCAUGCAUUUGUUUCUCAGCAUUUUUUCUACCUUGUAUAAAUAACACAAAAAUUCUCCAGCCCCAUUCUGCCAGCUUCUAUCUACCUCCCACAAAAAAUUACCCAACCCCAGAUUGCCUGCUUCUAUUAACUUCUCUAACAAAAUCAGACGACCAGGCUGAGGCCAGAUCGGACAUCUCCUCGGAUCCCAUUGACUCUGGCCCCACAUAUUAACACCAAGCCAUCAUCUCCUAACCGUUACGGAUCUCAUAAUCUCUGGCUAUCUCCACUCCAGUCAUAGUUCCCCAGCCCCAUACUGCCCAUUUCUAUCUCCUUUCCAAAUAAAAUGGUAAAACACAAUUUAUCUGCUCCAUCUGAUCAUCUUUAAAAAUAAGUUGAAUAACAUCAUAGAACUUUGUACCCUGUAUAUGCUCAACAAUAUUUUUUUGCUUUAUUUCCAAGGAGCUGCAUGGAUGGCAUCGUAAGGGGAUUGUUAGAAUUUUGCAAGCUAUGUUGUUGUAAGGGAGGGGAACAUAUUGGGGGAAGGUCUUGUACCAUCUCUAAUUUAUUGAUUUAUAAAAGGCACAAUGAGCUGUAUCUCUGUGUUUGUUCCCAUCAAUAACACAACAAAUAAGGUACUGAGGAUCGUAAUGCACUACAUGGGAGACAGGUGACCAAGUUUCAGAACUAGCUAAUUGAUUUGUAAUUGUUUUGAAUUUUUACUCUAGCUUGUUGUUGUAUUUAUCCACUUCGAGCCUAACUUUUAAAAUAUUUUUACUCUUUAUAUUUUUGAGUCAAAAUGAUAUGCAGUAUUUAGUUUGCCCUAAUAUACAGUUCCAUUUCUUCAAUUUAAUUUGAAUAAUGUGUUUUGUAGAAGCAUUUUAAGUCCUGCUAUUUUCUCCAUGAUGGAUUUCAUAACUGUUCUUGUAUUAAAAUAUAUUUGUUUAUUUUGUGAACCAGAUUAGUACUUUUAUAAUAGAUUAUUUUCUUGAACAUUUCUGUAUUGUGAUUGUUUUGUAUUAAAUAUGUAAAGAAAA